GAGCGAAAGCGAGCAUCACUACACUGCCUCCUCAUCCUCACUCUGGACCUUCGAUUUUAACCUUCCCUAGGCGGGACUGACGUGGACUGUCAGGAUCCUCCCACCCACCAAAAUACACGCACGGAUCCACAGUGACACACGCACGCCAAAGGAGGAAUUACACAGCGGUUUCCGAGCUCCGUUGGCAAAACAUCAGCGGCAAGCCCCAGUGGUGGCCAGUGGGCAUGGUUUUGGAGGGCAGCUCCGAGGCGCUGUGUCCCCCCCCAUCUCUGGAGCUGCGCCCAUCGUGCAACAAGAGCCAGCCCUCGCCUCCUCUGGGCUCAAGCUCUCAGCUUCCAGACGGUGUCUUUCCUGAAGACAGGGAGCCCAUCAAGUACGGCGAGCUCAUCGUCUUAGGGCACAAUGGCUCGCUGGCCAAUGGUGACAAAGGUCGCAGAAGGAGUCGCCUGGCCCUCUACAAGAGAACAAAAGCUAACGGGGUCAAACCCGAUGUCAUCCACAAUGUCUCCACACCUCUCGUGUCCAAGGCACUCAGCAACAAAAGCCAGCACAGCAUCUCGUACACUCUGUCACGCAGCCACUCGGUCAUUGUGGAGUACACACAUGACACAAACACAGACAUGUUUCAGAUCGGCCGCUCCACAGAGAGCAUGAUCGACUUCGUGGUGACGGACACGUCAGGCGGAGGCGGCGGUCAGAGCGGGGGCGCAGCCGGUGAGGGCGGCGGCGGAGGCCAGUCGGCGCAGAGCACCAUCUCCCGUUACGCCUGCCGCAUCAUGUGCGAGCGGAGUGCCCCUUAUACGGCCCGCAUCUACGCCGCUGGCUUUGACUCUUCCAAGAACAUCUUCCUGGGGGAACGCGCCGCCAAGUGGAGGACGUCGGACGGCCUGAUGGACGGCCUGACCACCAACGGCGUGCUGGUGAUGCAUCCGGCGGGCGAGUUCGUGUCCGAACCAGCUCCGGGCGUCUGGAGGGAGAUCUCGGUGUGCGGCAACGUCUUCGCCCUGAGGGAGACGCGAUCGGCUCAACAGAGGGGAAAGCUGGUGGACAAUGAGUCCAACACCCUCCAGGACGGCUCUCUGAUUGACCUGUGCGGGGCAACGCUGCUGUGGCGGACCCCCGCUGGCCUGCGCUACACGCCCACCCUCAAACAGCUAGAGUCCCUCCGCCAGGAGCUGAACGCUGCCCGGCCCCAGUGCCCCGUGGGCUUCAACACCCUGGCCUUCCCGAGCCUGGCCCAGCGUGAGAUCGUGGACAAGAAGCAACCGUGGGUCUACGUCAACUGUGGUCAUGUGCAUGGCUAUCACAACUGGGGCUACCGUAAGGACAAGGCCCCUGCCGGCCCGGGCGGCACAGUCCCAGCCAGCACCGGGGAGAGAGAGUGCCCCAUGUGCAGGCGAGUGGGCCCCUAUGUGCCGCUGUGGCUGGGCUGUGAGGGGGGCUUGUAUCUGGAUGCGGGACCACCCACUCAUGCCUUCUGUCCCUGUGGUCACGUGUGCUCUGAAAAGACAGUGAUGGGAUGGAGCCAGAUCCCACUACCCCACGGGACCCACGCCUUCCACGCCGCCUGCCCCUUCUGUGGCACCUGGCUGACAGGCGAGCAGGGCCACAUCAAACUUAUCUUCCAGGGCCCCGUCGAUUGAAGCCACACCUGGAAGUCACGCUGAAGGGAAAAAGUCGGACUCUCAUGCAACAGCUGAUGCCAAGGCUUCAUGUGUAAUUUAAUGUGUAUGGACACUUUGUAAAUAAAUGUGCUGACAUGAUUGGCUACU